UAUUGAGGAGAUGCGUCCUCCUUCUCAACUUGGGUUUUCAGACGAGAGCAGUUGGCACUUUGAAUAUUAGUCUUUGCCUCUCCUUUAAAAGUCCCUCCUAAUCCUUCUCAUUUCAUCAUCUCCAAACCUUCUUCAUACCUACUUCUCUCUCUGUCACAUAACAUCAAGAUUUUGACAACACUUUAACCAGUAGGGCUGUCAAGGGCCAUUCAUCAUUAGCAAUGACUGCAGCGAAGAAGAAUUUCAGGUGGAGGUCAAUUUUUCCCACUUGUUUCUCCGUUCAAGAUCAGGAGCCUGCAUCAGGCAAGCCCACGAAGGCGGCGGUGACAAAGCAGAGUUCAUUCCAAAGGCUUUCAUUUUUGGAUUUGAGUAACCCCAGUUCUACUACGCUUUCAGAAGAUCUUUCCGUGUCUCUUGCUGGUUCAAACCUUCAUGUUUUCACGAUGGCGGAGCUGAAGGAGAUCACGCAGAGCUUCUCGUCGAGUAAUUUUCUUGGAGAAGGUGGGUUUGGACCGGUGCACAAGGGGUUCAUCGAUGACAAACUUAGGCCUGGUUUGAAGGCUCAGCCGGUGGCCGUCAAGCUCCUGGAUUUGGAUGGUUUGCAGGGACAUAAGGAGUGGUUGACGGAAGUGAUCUUUCUGGCACAAUUGAGACAUCCACAUCUGGUCAAGCUGAUUGGCUAUUGUUGUGAAGAAGAACAUAGGCUUCUGGUAUAUGAAUAUAUGCCACGAGGCAGCUUAGAGAAUCAGCUGUUCAGAACAGGAUAUUCUGUAUCAUUACCAUGGUCAACAAGAAUGAAAAUUGCUCAUGGAGCUGCAAAGGGCCUUGAGUAUCUCCAUGAAGCAGAAAAACCUGUCAUAUAUCGAGAUUUCAAAGCUUCAAACAUCUUGUUAGAUUCAGAUUACACCUCUAAACUCUCAGAUUUUGGUCUAGCAAAAGAUGGUCCAGAAGGAGAUAACACUCAUGUUUCCACAAGAGUUAUGGGCACACAGGGCUAUGCGGCUCCUGAAUACAUCAUGACAGGUCACUUGACUGCAAAGAGCGAUGUUUAUAGUUUUGGGGUGGUGUUAUUGGAGCUUUUAACAGGGAGAAGGUCGGUGGACAAGAGCCGUCCUCCAAGAGAACAAAACUUAGUAGAAUGGGCGAGGCCUAUGAUAAAUGAUCCCCGGAAACUCGGCCGAAUAAUGGACCCGAGACUUGAAGGGCAAUACUCAGAAACAGGCGCCCGAAAGGCGGCUGCAUUGGCUUAUCUAUGCCUCAGCCACAGGCCAAAACUCAGACCCACAAUGAGCACAGUGGUUAAGACUCUAGAGCUACUCAAAGACUAUGAAGACAUUCCAUUAGGAACCUUCGUGUUUACAGUUCCACCCGACACCAGUUUGCCCAAGGAAGGAGAUGUAAAGGAAUGUGAAGCAAAAAAGGAACCAAGGAAAGAGAGCAGCCACCAUCGCCAUAACCACAAGCUCCAUAGUCACCAAGGUCACCAAUAAUUCACUCAGAAAAUGGGUUAAAGUCGGCCUUGCACCCAACCAAAAACCUUAUUUAUUAUACUGUAAAUUAAUAGGAAUGGAUUUAAGAACUGUCAUGAGGAAGAAAUGUUUUCGUAAAUUGAUUCUUUCAAAUACGGGAAAUUAUUGUCGAUUUUUUCAA